UCCAAACACUUUCUUUCCUAAGAGUAAAUUGAAUUAGCGAACCCCAUUCCACCCCCACCCCCCCACCCCCACAUUUUGGUGAUCGAUCUCUUUCUAAUUAUGGACAAGCUUCCCAAAUGUCAAGCAAAUUAUGUACCCCUUACCCCUAUAACCUUCUUGAAAAGGGCAGCCACAGCCUUCGCUGACCGCCCUUCUCUUAUCUAUGAGGGCACUCAAUUCACCUGGCAUGAGACUUACCUCCGCUGCUGCCGCCUUGCUUCAGCCCUCCGUUCCCUGAACCUCCUCAAAAAUGAUGUUGUGUCGGUGCUGGCUCCUAAUAUACCAGCCAUGUAUGAGAUGCACUUUGCAGUGCCCAUGGCUGGUGCUGUACUCAACACAAUUAACACCCGCCUCGAUGCAAAAACUGUAUCCACCAUUCUCCGGCACUGCGAGGCCAAGGUCUUAUUUGUGGACUACGAGUAUGUCCCGCUAGCACGUGCUGCCCUCAAGCUACUCAUGGGUGGCUCACCGGAAUCCCCCAUUCCGCUGGUGAUUGUCAUUGAUGACAUAGACAGACCCACAGGAGUCCGGCUAGGAGAAUUGGAGUAUGAACAGUUAAUCCACACGAACAAUCCUGAAUUUGUUCCCGGUCAUGUUGAAGAUGAAUGGGAUCCAAUUGCGUUAAACUACACGUCUGGAACUACGUCGGAACCCAAAGGCGUAGUUUACAGCCACAGAGGUGCUUACCUUAGCACUCUGAGCCUGAUUCUUGGCUGGGAAAUGGGCUCUGAGCCUGUUUACCUCUGGUCCUUGCCCAUGUUCCACUGCAAUGGGUGGACGUUCACUUGGGGAACCGCUGCACGUGGCGGCACCAGCAUCUGUCUGCGCAACACAACUGCUUACGAUAUGUACCGCAACAUAGCCCUCCACAAGGUCACUCACAUGUGCUGCGCUCCAAUCGUUUUUAACAUCCUCCUUGAGGCCAAACCCCACGAGCGGUGUCCCAUUUCCUCCCCUGUCCAGGUACUCACCGGAGGUGCACCACCACCGGCAUCCCUGUUGCAGAAAAUCGAACCACUCGGGUUCAAAGUUACCCAUGCUUAUGGACUCACCGAAGCCACUGGUCCAGCUCUGGUAUGCGAGUGGCAGACCAAGUGGAACAAGCUUCCCGUAAAUGAUCAAGUAAAACUCAAGGCACGACAAGGGAUAAGCAUACUUACCUUAGCGGAUGUGGACGUUAAAGACAUUGACACCAUGAGGAGCGUCUCACACGACGGCAUUACCAUGGGGGAGAUCGUCCUGAGGGGCAGCAGUAUCAUGAAAGGCUACCUCAAGGAUCAGGAGGCUACAUCAAAGGCAUUUAAAAACGGGUGGUUCCUCACGGGUGAUGUUGGGGUGAUACAUCCUGAUGGGUACUUGGAAAUCAAGGACAGAUCUAAGGACGUGAUCAUCUCCGGCGGCGAAAACAUCAGCAGCGUCGAAGUAGAGUCCAUGCUGUACCGGUAUCCACGGGUGUUGGAGGCGGCAGUGGUGGCAAUGCCGCACCCACGGUGGGGAGAAAGCCCCUGUGCUUUUAUCGCGGUAAAAACCAACGCAGAGGGCAAAAAAGAUGACGUUAAAGAAGCAGAUAUCAUUUCUCACUGCCGUAAAAAUCUUCCCCGCUUCAUGGUACCAAAGAAGGUCGUGUUUUUACCAGAACUGCCAAAAACCUCAACCGGAAAAAUUCAAAAAUUUCAGUUAAGGGCUCAGGCCAAGACUUUCGUAGUCUCCGAGAAUGUUCCUCAGAAGAAGUCUUCUAUACUCCACAUGGAACUUCCGCAGCCUCAUGAGCAGAUUCUUGCAUUGUCUCGUCUUUGAAGUCUGAAGUUUAAAGUUUGAAAUUUGAAGUUGGUGUACUUCGUCUUGGUCUUGCAAUAAAUUUUGUACAUAUCU